CUUCUCCCUGAAGGCAGGAGUCUGAAGUGGGAGUGUGAGGGGUGGGAGGUGUCAUCAGAAAUGCUGAUGGCUCUAUGUCACUAUGGGUUGCAGGGUCCUUCUGUAGGAGGCAGUACAACUGCCAUACCACACAGUGAUGCAGCCAGUGAUGACGCUCUCAAUGGUGCCCCGUUAGAAAGAGCGCAUUAUCGGGGGUGGGACACUGGCUCUCCUCAGUUUGUGGAGGAAGUAGAGGUGUGAUUGAGCCUUCUUGGCCAGUGAUGUGGUGUUGUUGGUCCUCACUCUCUCCACUACAGUCUUCCUUAUGGUGAUCUGCAAUGCACUGCUUUUCUCAAAGCUGUUAAGGGGCUUAAGGAAUUACUCAUCUGGCUAAAUAGAAUGUUCUUUUUAUUUGAGCAUGAAAGUCUAUUCUUGACUUUGAAAAUUGUGGUUUGACUUGAGGUCCACUUAACAAAUUCUUCUGGAUGUUUCAAAUGCAUGUUUCCAUCAUUGGAAUGACUUUGCUCAAUUUACAUUAUCUAUCUAUCUAUCUAUCUAUCUAUCUAUCUAUCUAUCUAUCUAUCUAUCUAUCUAACGUAUUCGGGCCCUGAUUAUUCGGAUUAGGUGCCAUUAAUGCUGCACCGUAGUUUAACAGACCAAUUUUAUUAAUAUUUUGUAAUUUAGGAAAGGUACAGGUGUUAUUAAUAACAGUAAUGAUAGCUACUACACAAUGAGCCAACAUGCACAAGACCCUGAAACUAAAGCAGCUAAAUUGAAGUCAACCAUCGUUUAUUUAGACAUGUAGCCUACCCUAUAAAGUAAGCUUAGAUAUUCAAUAACACAAAAUAGAAGUACUUCAACAGUGUACUUAUUGGUACAGUACUUCAGUUAAUGUAGCCUACUAGUUACUUUCCGGUUCAUUCAGUCUUGAUAGUAUACAUCAAACCACAUGUAUUGCACUUGUGUAAACGUCCUCCCUCGUGUGACGUUUUUGGUUUAUGAAUGACGACAUGCGACCUUUCUUCUGUGAUUGGCCCUCUAGAAAAUGAAAAUGACAUUAGGCAAGAUGGCGCCGGGCGACAGAGAAAAGUGAUAAGAAUAGAACAACAAGCGACACAACUUAUAACAGUGUGCAUUUAUUUGCCUUGUACGACAGUUUCAAAGCGGACUUCUACCCUAUUAUCAGGAAAUUGCCAACCACCUGCUGGGAUAACGCAUCGAGAGAUAUAGUUAUUCAGCUAACUCUGCUAACUAGCUGCUAAGUAUCUAGCCUAGCUAGCGUUAACUAAGGCUAACUGCGGAAGACUAGUGAGGAGAAGGGACAGGCAAGGCAGUUCGAAGUACAAGCCGACAAGUCAGACUGAUUAAAAAUCCGAGCUACAUCAACGUUUGAUAUAUUGACCAGCUUGCAGUACAAUUAUACAGACCACUGCUCUGUGUGGGAACUAACGUUGCACCUCUAUACAAGGAAAGCUAAAAAGAAGAGGGAAGGCGUCAUCUUUGCUGACCUGACGCCAUGGCUCACUCUCCUAUUCAGAGUGGACUUCCAGGGAUUCAGAAUUUCAAAGCUGAUCCAGAGGAGCUUUUUACCAAGCUGGAGAGGAUAGGAAAAGGCUCUUUUGGUGAAGUUUUUAAAGGCAUUGACAAUCGAACUCAGAAAGUUGUGGCCAUUAAAAUUAUUGAUCUGGAGGAAGCAGAAGAUGAAAUAGAAGACAUUCAACAGGAAAUCACUGUUCUCAGCCAGUGUGACAGUCCCUUUAUCACCAAGUAUUUUGGAUCAUAUCUCAAGGGUACAAAAUUAUGGAUUAUUAUGGAAUAUUUGGGGGGAGGAUCAGCCCUUGAUUUGAUAGAACCAGGUGCGUUGGAUGAAACACAGAUUGCCACAAUCCUCAGAGAAAUCCUGAAGGGACUUGAGUAUCUGCACUCUGAAAAGAAAAUCCAUAGAGAUAUCAAAGCUGCCAACGUGUUGCUGUCAGAACACGGUGAUGUGAAGCUGGCAGACUUUGGAGUCGCGGGCCAGCUGACAGACACGCAGAUAAAGAGGAACACGUUUGUUGGCACACCUUUCUGGAUGGCACCUGAAGUCAUAAAACAAUCUGCCUAUGAUUCAAAGGCAGACAUCUGGUCGUUAGGAAUAACAGCAAUAGAGCUUGCUAAAGGAGAACCACCCCACUCUGAGCUUCAUCCCAUGAAGGUGUUAUUCCUCAUCCCAAAGAACAAUCCGCCAACACUGGAAGGAAACUACAGCAAACCAGUUAAAGAAUUUGUUGAGGCCUGUUUAAAUAAGGAGCCCAGUUUUAGACCAACUGCCAAAGAGCUGUUAAAACAUAAGUAUAUUGUAAGGUAUGCCAAAAAGACGUCCUAUCUGACAGAGCUGAUUGACCGAUACAAGAAGUGGAAAUCACAACAGUCUCGGGAUGAAUCCAGCUCUGAUGAGUCUGAGGAGGAGUCGGAUGGCCAGGCGUCUGGAAGAGAUGACAGUGUCGAUGAUGACUGGAUUUUCAACACUAUCAGGGAGAAGGACCUGAAAAAGGUUCAGAAUGGGGCAGCACGGCCUGCUGAGCUUGAAAGAAAACCGGUGCGGGAGAAUUCAAAGAGGCCUUUGUCACAAAGCUUAUCAUCAAUCUUUUCUCCAUUAUUUUCUGAGUUGAAAGAAAAGGGUGAGAAAAGCAAUGGCAAGCCAGAGGUUGCAGAGCAGCUGCGGGAGGCCAUUGUGCUGGCAGAAGAAACGCAUCCAGGCAUCUGUGACUCCUUAGUGGCUGAACUAGUGCAGAGACUUCAGAGGUUUUCUGUGCCACAGGCGGCUCCUGCUCACUGAGUGGAGCUACGUCCAGCUCUGCUCUAAUUUUCCACCCUGGUGGCAGCAGUCAGACCUUUUCCUCUGACCUCCACAGCCAGGAUGAAGUCUCCCAGGAAGGUCUCACUUAUUUGCCUGAAGCAAAUCCCGGCCUAUUUAAUGUCUAUUUAUACACUUGCACACCACCAGAGGGUCCUAUUCAGAGCAGUCAGUGGCCACCCACUCAGCUGCAACCGUGACUGCCACCUGCUGUAAGAUGUCCCUUCUCAAUACCUCCUUCACAUCUGUUUUAUUUUAAGGGUGGUGUUAGCUAUCUUUUUCUGCAAGGACUCUUGAGUGUUUGGUUUUGGUGAUUUUGUGGCUUUUUCACAAAGGUUUACACUUCCUUUUGGAGAAAGUUCCUUGCUUAAUUAAUUGUGUGCAUGUGGCUGUGCAAGAUACCCCUUGUAAAGGUGUGGUGAGUGGGUUGAAGCAUUCUAUUGACAACUCAGGUAUCCUGCUUUAAGUGGAUUGGGUCCACUGGGAGAUGGAAAGAGCUCUGUAGGGUGGUUGUACAGACUUGUAAAUAAGCUAAUUUCUACAGAUUCAUUACAGAUUUGUAAUGGAACCACUGUGUACACAUGGCCAAAUACAAACUGUAGGUAAUGGUUGUGAGGUAAAGAUUUUGAGAGACUAAAAUGGCCAUAAAUGAGAUUGCCUUGCCUUUGUGCUUAUUCUUUUGUAUAUCAGUCUGAUUUUUUUUUUUUGAGAUGUAAAACUUUUUAAGUACUCAUCCAGUGUUUGAAAAUGGCUGCCUUCAUGUUUCAGUAUUGAUUUAUCAUCUUAAUUCUCUUUAACCUUUUGGCUUUACACACCAUGCUGUGGAUAUAAUAAUGUUGAAGAAUGUUUUUAAAAAAGGCUGGAUUGUUCAAGGCCCCACCAGUUUUAAACACUGGAUGCUCUUUCCAGCCCUGUUCCCAUAGGCCUCGAGGGGCGUUGGUUUGUUGGGAUUAAUCCCCCACUCCUCCCCCCAACCCCCUUUUUGCUGUAUGUAAUUGAUUGAUCAAAAAACUGAGGUUUCAUCAUUUCAUUCAAUUAACAGGUCAGUGCCAUCAUCUGGUUUAUAAAUCAGCAGAGUGUCAGUCUUCCUAGGAGCUGUGAUGGUACUAUCUCCUCAGCGUACCUACAGCUUUAAUUGCACUUCAAAUAUAAAUGCCUUUUACCAUAAACAGUGUAGCCAUAAAACGGUAGCAUGAGACUUAGUGUUUGGUAUGCACCAUACUAUCUGGGACACAAGUCCAUCUGAAGUCUCACAGCUUGGACUCUGCAGUUUAAGAUUUGCCUCUGUAUUUUUCCAUUCGGGCAUGUGAGGAGUUUUUCAGUUGUACAGUAAAUGCAUAUAGACGUCGACUUCUCACUCAGUAAGCGAUGCUGCAGCUGAUGUACAUAUUAACAAAAAGCCAGGAGGUGUUCAGACACCAGUGACACUGGUACUACUUCUGACUCUAGUUUAAAAGGAAUGUGCAUGAUCAACAGUAGCCUAUUGGUUGGCCUGAGCAGUAUGCGUUGUAGCAUACUCCAACAGGACUGGAGGAAUGUUGAGCCCUGAACAGAGCUGAACCAGCCUUGGAGCAUUUGUGAUGAAUAGUAUCAUUAUUGUUUUUGUUGUGGUUCCCACCCCCACCCUGCAUUUAAAUGAAUAUGCAGCAGAACUUUAAAAGAUAAAUGAGAAAUGAUCAUUCAGAGUAAUCUGUACAUGAACAAAUUGACUCAUUUUAUUUGCCAGAAGUGAGAGAAAUCUUAUGGAGACAAAAUAUUUUUGCUAAAGGGCAAUACAUGGUGCACAGUACACAGGCCACAUUAAAUAAACACUUUGACGUUUUGGAAAAUAUAUUUAUUUGCUUUAUGGGGAGAGUUGGAUGAGAAGAUUUAUACCACUCAUUCUGUGGCCACUUUAUUAGGUAAGCCUGUACAAUUUAAUGUAAUCUAAUGUAACUAUCCUGCCAUUGCCUACUUUUAUGAUGCCUAUAAGCAUUUUUGAAGUGUUAUUUCAAUGCCAUCAGCAUUCCAAUGAAGGCAUUAAAUUAUCAUUUUCAAGUAAUAACAGUAAAACAGUGGAGGAGCAAGUAUUGAGAUCCUACUCUUAAUUAAAAGUACUAAUGCCAAUGUAAAAAUACUAAUGGUGAGAUAUGCCAACACAGUUAACCCACAGAGACCUUCACAAUGCUUUUUCUGUCCAAUCACUCCAAACCUUAAAAUUAUUUUAAAAAUAACUUUAAAUUACUGUCUAAAGGAGAGGCAGCAAAUCCUGAUGCUGGAGCCAGAAAAUAUUUACCAUUUUACAUGAAAUUAUUUAUUGAAGUCAGUCAUCUAAUUAAUUAGUUCUACAUUUCUGACAGCGUCACCAGAAACACACCGUUGUGCUCUUCUUUUCCAUAGCUUAGCUGUGAUGAAGUUGUACAGGUGUACCUCAUAAAGUGGGCAGAGCUUAAGGCUUGGAUCAGCUUUGUAGAGAGGAGGUGUAGAUCCUCAGCAAGAUAGUGAAUAAAAUAUCAAAUUAUGAACACAGUUGAGAAUGCCAAAUGAGCAAGUCAGAUACGUAGAAAAGGCUUAUCAGACCCUACAUUUAAGUUUUUCGGCUCUUCUGUUAAAAUACUCAGCUUUUUAAUUACCUCCUCAUGUGAAAUGUGUCAUGUAAGCCCUCCACCCCAAACAGAGACAUACAUUCAACACAAAUGUGCACCUUUUAUCUGGUCUAAUAUGAUUCUUUAUCUUUUUGUGUGUGCACUUUGUUGAUUUUAUUUUAUUUAAAAAAAUAAAUGGUACUUAGCAGUGCUGCAAUAUUAUGUUAAACCAGCUUUAUUUUCUUCCCCCUUCCCAGAUAAGGAUAAUUACUUUUUUGGCCAAACAAGGAGUUUGUUUCUGGUACAGAACCGAGGCAGCCAUUUGCGGCGCCAACUCCUACCAAUGGCUCUAACCAUCGGGGCAAC